AUGUCCCAGUGCAAUCCCUUAUCCCAUGGGAUAGUGAAAGAGCUUGGCAAACUUGCAGAGUUGAAACAAAGGGGUCUGAUUCUUGACCGUCACUUCGAGACAAUCAAAGCACACGUGAAGGCGGGCAACUGGACGCCAUCGAGAGCGCGUACCGCGAGGAGAAAGGCCGUGGAUCGCGGGAAGCAAGCUACGGAGAGGGCUGCCAAAGGCACUGUAGGCGGCAACAUCUGCAACGCGUUCGCGAUUGGCAGCCGAGGACCGGUGCCCAAGCAAGUGGAGGCGUGUCGAGUUCUCGUCAACUGCGUCUGCUGGCAAGAGCCAACUCCGAUUGAGCGGGCUCGCGGUGGAGUGAAAGAGCUCAUAUCCGGUAUAAGCUUCCCACCUCCGACCCCGGAGUCCCGCCGAUCUUGCCCUCACUGUCCCAUGACCUUCGUGAACGAGCAAGGCCUUGGGAUCCACGUGAGAACGCAGCACAGCAGUGCAAACAUGUCCAACGGCGUGCGGCUGCGGCGCAUGUUACGGAAGGAUGAGCAAGGGAGUGUCCUGCCGUGGGAAGCAGCCGGGCCUGGGCGUUGUUGGCACGUGAAGUUCGAUCAUGCGACGGGGACGGCUUCGUUUGUCCUCCGGCGGAAGCGCUUUCUCGAUCUCGACUUGGAUAGCGACGGCUUUAUGGACCGCAAACCCAAGGACACUCGUGGGGCUCCCAAGCGCAGGCGAUACGACUUCAGGUUCAAAGCCCACGCGGUCAACCAGCUGCGCAUCCUCGAGGACAACGCCGAAGACCUCUGGAAGGAGGAGCAGCGCACGCCACUUCUGUUCUUCGAGGAUCGUCUCAAGAUUCCCUACAGCAAUAUAGUGAAGUGGGCCAAGAACGAGAAGGAAUUGGUCGCGGCGGCAGCCGAUGACGUAAAGAAGAGCCUCCUCGCCAAACAGCAGCCUAAGCGGUGGUUUCCUGAGGCAGAGAAGCGACUGUACAAGGGGUUCGUGGAGCGGCGGAAGAGAAAGCUAAAGGUGUCGACCCUGUGGCUGACGAUCACGUUCCGGAAGCUCGUGCGAGAGAUGAACCCCGGGGAUCAACGGGCGGCGUCCUUCCGCGCAUCCUUCAGGUGGGCGCGAAAAUGGGCCAAGAGGCAUAACCUGUCCAAUAGACGCCGGACCAACCUCAAGAACAAGUCUGUCGAAGAGCGGUUUCCAAAGAUCCAGCGCUUCCACCGGCUGUUUCGCGAGCUCCUGCAAGAGCCGGUGCGGUACAGGGCGCCUGAUGAGUCCGACGUGUCGGCAGUGACGACGGUCGCGGAGAGAGAGUCCAGGGUUCCCAGAUACGGUCAAUUCCAGCUCUGGGAGCGUUGGAAUGUGGAUCAAGUGUCUUUGGCAUUCGUGAACGGGCUACGUGGGACAAGAGAGGUGCGUUGCGGGUAGCAAUCUCGCAGCCCUUUGCU